CCGCCGGGCAGCAGAGCCGUGUGCAGCGCACCGGUCAGCGGGGCCACACCGCGGCACUUUGGAUAACUCACACACAGCUGUGGAUCCCGCUGUUUGCCAAGACGCAUCGCUCAUCCGCGUCCCACACAACAGCUGAACACAUUGCCAUGAAUGAUUUAGUCAGUCAGCAUAGGUGACUUUUAAUUUCCCCCAUUUUUUUCCCUUGUCAUUUUUUGCAUUCUUUGGAGAAGGGAAAAAAAAUCCACGGUGGCAGCGUAAGCCCAAAACUCGCACUGUGCGCGUAGGGAGGGUAUUUUUUUUGCCCAAUAUGCAGGUGGAUCGGAGCUGUGUGGUUUCCAGUGCGUGGUGUUCCUGUCUGCUUUUACUCUUCUCAACUCUAAGCACCAGGGUCACUGAGGUGGGAGGAACCCACCAAAGCAUCCCUCCGGCCGUGGUGAAGCUUUGGGCUUCAGCAUUUGGUGGGGAGAUGAAGUCCAUCUCAGCAAAGUACUCUGGCUCCCAGCUGCUGCAGAAGAAAUAUAAGGAGUUUGAGAGGGCAGUGCGAGUGGAGGAGAUUGAUGGACUACAGCUCGUAAAGAGGCUGGCAGAGGACAUGGAGGAGAUGUUUCACAAGAAAGCCCAGGCAAUGAAGAGACUGGUAGAAGCGGCCGAGGAAGCCCACCUACAGCACGAGGAGGAUCCAAACCUGCAGUAUGAAUACUUUAAUGCAGUGUUGAUCAAUGAGGUUGAUGACGAGGGGAACAGCGUGGAGCUGGGAGGAGAAUUUAUCCUGCAACCCAAUGACCACUUUAACAACCUGUCAGUCAACCUCAGUCUCAGCGUGGUCCAGGUGCCCACCAACAUGUACAACAAAGACUCUGCAAUUGUCAAUGGAGUAUACUGGUCUGAGGCCUUGAAUAAAGUGUUUGUGGAUAACUUUGAGAGAGACCCAUCGCUCAUAUGGCAGUACUUUGGCAGUGCCAAAGGCUUUUUCAGGCAGUACCCAGGGAUCAAGUGGAAACCAGAUGAACACGGGGUCAUAGCGUUUGACUGUCGUAACCGGAAGUGGUACAUCCAGGCUGCCACCUCUCCAAAGGAUGUGGUCAUCCUGGUGGAUGUAAGUGGCAGCAUGAAAGGCCUCAGGCUCACCAUCGCCAGGCAGACUGUCUCCUCCAUUCUGGACACUCUUGGAGACGAUGACUUUUUUAACAUCAUCGCUUACAAUGAGGAAUUGCAUUACGUGGAGCCCUGCCUAAAUGGAACUCUGGUACAAGCAGAUGUCACCAACAAAGAUCAUUUUCGGGAGCACCUCGACAAGCUGUUUGCUCAAGGCAUUGGUAUGUUAGACAUAGCUCUCACUGAGGCCUUCAAUCUUCUCAGUGACUUCAACGAGACCGGAAGGGGUAGUGAGUGUAGCCAGGCCAUUAUGUUGGUGACAGAUGGGGCAGUGGACACAUAUGAUGCCAUCUUUGCCAAGUAUAACUGGCCAGAGAGGAAGGUCCGCAUAUUUCCAUACCUGAUUGGUCGAGAGUCAGCCUUCGCAGAUAAUCUGAAAUGGAUGGCGUGUGCUAACAAAGGGUACUUCACACAGAUUUCCACAUUGGCAGAUGUGCAAGAGAAUGUGAUGGAGUAUCUCCAUGUGCUGAGUCGUCCCAAGGUGAUCGACCAGGAGCACGACACGGUGUGGACUGAGGCCUACAUCGAUAGCACUUUGGAGGACGGUCAAGAUCCGGUUCUAAUGACCACAGUGGCAAUGCCAGUGUUCAGUACCAAGAACGAGACUAGAAACCGUGGCAUCCUACUAGGGGUGGUUGGGACAGACGUACCUGUCUCUGAGCUGCUCAAGACCAUCCCCAAAUAUAAGCUGGGCAUUCACGGCUACGCCUUUGCAAUCACCAACAAUGGCUACAUCCUCACCCAUCCUGAUCUACGGCCACUUUACGGUGAUGGUAAGAAGCGAAGGAAGCCAAACUACAGCAGUGUUGAUCUGUCUGAGGUGGAAUGGGAGGAUAAGGAUGACACGCUGAGAAAUGCCAUGGUCAACAGGAAGACAGGGACCUUCUCCAUGGAGGUGAAGAAGAGUGUUGACAAAGGGAAACGUGUCCUGGUGUUGCAUAAUGACUACUACUACACAGACAUCAAGGGGACUCCUUUCAGCCUAGGGGUAGCUCUUUCCAGAGGCCAUGGGAAGUUUUUCUUCAGAGGGAAUGUCACAGUGGAGGAAGGACUUCAUGACUUGGAGCAUCCUGAUGUAGCGCUGGCAGAUGAAUGGACAUACUGCAACACAGACGAGCACCCUGAGCACCGCUACCUGUCCCAGAUAGAGGCUAUCAAACUAUACCUCAGUGGGCACGAACCCCACCUACAAUGUGACAAGGAGCUGAUUCAGGAGGUUCUCUUUGACGCAGUGGUGACUGCUCCUCUAGAGGCCUACUGGACGAGCCUCGUGCUCAAUAAGUCUGAGAACUCUGAUAAAGGGGUGGAGAUAGCCUACCUGGGCACAAGAACAGGCCUGUCCAGAAUUAACCUGUUUGUGGUGCCUGACGAGCUUACAAACCAAGACUUCCUCACAGCUGAAGACAAAGAGGGGGUGUUCAACGCAGACCACUUUCCCCUGUGGUACAAGAGAGCAGCAGAACAGGUUCCUGGUACCUUUGUCUACUCUCUACCUUUCAACACAGGAUCAGAAAACAAGAGUGUUGUAUUGGCCAGUACUGCCAUUCAGCUUCUGGAUGAGAGGAAAUCACCCAUAGCUGCGGCUGUGGGUAUCCAGAUGAAACUGGACUUCUUUCAGAAGAAGUUCUGGACAGCCAGCAGACAGGUGCACAUGCACAAAUACACACCCGGCCUGGUCACUCUAUAUGACUACCAGGCUCUAUGUUGGGUUUUUUCAGAGAGCAGUGACAGUGGACACACACUGUUGGAUCCUUACUUUGCCUUCUUCUCAGCCAUGAAGUGGAUGCUGACCGAGCUUGUAAUAUUCCUGGUCGAGUUUAACUUCUACAGCUGGUGGCACUCUGACCUCACAGCUAAAGCUCAAAGGAUAGGUCGGUCCAUGCAGGUUCCAUGUGACACAGAGUACCCGGCCUUCAUCUCCGAGAGAACCAUCAAAGAGAACAUGGGACACCUUGACUGCGACAGCUGCAUCAAGUCCUUUGUGAUCCAGCAGAUCCCCAGCAGUAAUCUCUUCAUGGUGGUGGUGGACAACAAGUGUGACUGCAGCAUGUUUGAGCCAAUCACCAUGGACCCCUUCGAAAUCAUGUAUAAUGAAUCUCUAAAGUGCGAGAGAUUGAAGAUGCAAAAGGACAGGAGGCGCCCAGAUACCUGUCACCCUUUUCACCCAGAGGAGAACUCAAUGGAGUGCGGAGGAGCUGUGGGUCUCGCCCCAUCUCUCGCAGCAACACUUCUCUGCGUCCUCCUGGGGCUGUUCCCUAGGUGACCAGAACUGGCCACGCCUCUCCAUCCAGAACUUGACUUGGAUCGGCUUGGCUCGGCAUGCAAAAGAAUGGCAACGAUGCCACAGAAAAAAACACUCCUGCCCCUUAUAAAAUUAUGCCCAAUUCCAACUCACCACCUACAAAGCCCCAAGCCCUGAGAUAACUCCGCGCAAGGCACUUAUUUGAAAGGAUUGAUAAUGGAUAGCUAUUGCAGCUGCUAAGACGUGAUCAUUAAGGUGCUUUAGCAAUAUCACAUGAGCUGCACUGAGAGGUUUUGGUGGAGAAACAAAGUUUUGAACAUAGUAAUAAUGCUAACAAUGCACAUAGUAGCUUAAAAACUGCACAAGGGAUCCAGUAAAACCCACACUCACACUACUAUGUUCAGUCCUUUCAGGUAGCAGCUAAGGGGCCUGUAGCUGGGCUUGGAACUGGGCAUUAGAGCCACGUAACAACCAUGUGGAGAAAGACAGGUGCACUGUCCCCUGGCCCACUCUGACUUUUCUUGGACAAUAUUGAUUUUGAGCAUAGAAAAUAAUGCUGAAGAUGAAGAUGAUUAUAUGUGGCUGGGGUUGUAAUGAUGUGUUUGUCUAAUGAUCUUUUUUUUCAUGAUGAGAAAAAAAAAAGUUUUAGUCUAUGUAUGAAGAAAAAAAGAGUUUUAGUUAUGAUUUGCAAGUGGUACCCAUAAACUGUGACUAUGA